GUAACAUCGAAAUCCAACCGACUUCCGCACCCCUAGCCACAUAACGUAUUUCUGUGUCAAAAAUGUUUCGUAGAUAGGCACAGCAUACACGAACAGUCAUAUGAGAUUGGCGCGAUCUUUUCUUGUACAGUAUCAAGAACAUCCGGACACUUUCGGUCACGAGACAAGAAAUCCCGGACGUCUAACAAUGCAGUAGACAUCCGGCUGUCAUGAAUCGUUUGUUACAAUUCGAGCAGUACGCACAUCAGCGUUUGCCCAAGGUAGCAAGAGAUUACUACUCCGAUGGAGCGUGUGGAGAGUUUACUCUCAAAGAAAAUGAAUCUGCCUUUCAAAGGUUGAAGCUACUUCCUCGAGUUCUCCGAGGAAUAUCUGAAUUAACCGCUGAAACGUCGAUCCUAGGAGUGAAAAUUGCAAUGCCAAUUUGCAUUGCACCCACUGCUUUCCAUAAAAUGGCUCAUUUGGAUGGAGAAAUUGCAACAGUGAAAGCUGCAAAAAGGAUGGGCACUUGUAUGACACUCAGUACCUUCUCAACAUGUAGCCUUGAAGAAGUGUCCGAGUCUGCUCCUGAUUGUUUGCGAAGGUUCCAGCUGUAUGUAGUGCCGGACAGACACAUAACAAAGGACUUGGUGCUACGUGCAAAAACAGCUGGAUUCAAGGCUCUGGUCAUAACCGUUGACACAGAGGUUGUAGGGAUUAAGUAUGCUUCAACUGAAUCAUUUACAUGUCCUCAGCAGUUUGGACUUCCCAACCUUCGAUAUCAAGAUGGUCAAUCACCAUUUCUAAAUGGUCCAUACGAAGCUGCUGUAACAUGGAAGGACAUUGACUGGAUCAAAUCGCUGACUGAUCUGCCUAUUGUCCUCAAAGGCAUUUUAACAGCACAAGAUGCUAGAGAAGCUGUCAAGCAUGGUGUGUCAGGUAUCUGGGUAUCUAAUCAUGGUGGAAGGCAACUGGACACCGUGCCAGCAGCAAUAGAAGUUCUACCUGAGAUAGCAAAGGCGGUCGGCAACAAAGCAGAAAUCUACGUAGAUGGUGGAGUUCGUUAUGGAACUGAUGUGCUGAAAGCAAUAGCUCUAGGAGCUCGAGCUGUUUUCAUAGGAAGACCAGUCUUAUGGGGUCUAACAUACAAUGGAGAAGAUGGAGUUUGCCAAGUGCUGCAUGAAUUUAAAGUAGCAAUGAAAUUAUCAGGCUGUGCAUCUAUCAGUGAUAUCAAUCGUUCUCUUGUUGUUCAUCAAUCACAUUUCUGGUCAAACCUCUAAUUUAAAGUAACUUGCUUCUCUUUAUACACUCGCAUCAAAUUCCUUAACAAACACCAAUUGGUGUGACUGUUUUACAUAUCAGUAUGAUUUCUAAGUUUCUACGACGGUACUACUUGGUAAAUAGUGCAUACAGCUGAUUCCUAUUAAAUGGUACAAAAGACCAUCAUUCAAGACUACUUGCCUUAUGAGCCUGUCCACUGUCUAUCGUUAUAUGGCAUAUUAAUUAGUUAAGGCCAUCUAUAAUAUGAGGCCAUCUAACACGUACAUGAUAUGACAAACCUAUUUUAACU